CAAAUCCAGACGCGGUCGUUUUUGUCCCCCCCCAUGCAACGUUAAGACCUCUGUUUCUCUGUCCCAUCUGUUCUUCAACUCCACAAGAUGCAGAGCACUCUGUUUUCUCUGUCUCUCUCAACCCCAUUUGUCAAACCUCCAAAUCCAAAUCCUAAAGGACCUAAACCCAAGAUCUCACACCUCUCACACUCAUCGUCUUCAACACAAAUCAACCUUAAUUCCACUCAUGGACUCUCACAGCAAAGUCCUGUGUCUUCAUUAUGCUUUAACAUGCGAGUAUGCGGUUCCUUUUUUGUUUCAAACCAAAGAAACAACAGUUUUAAGGUCAGAGCUGCUUCGGUGCCCGAGAACACAGGUGAUACCGUGAAACCAAGUGGUGUGAUUAAGACUUUGCAGCUAGGCUUUAUGUUUGGAAUUUGGUACAUUUUGAAUAUCUACUUCAACAUCUACAACAAGCAGGUUCUAAAAGUCUAUCCAUUUCCUGCAACGGUUACAGCAUUUCAGUUUGGCUUUGGGAGUUUGAUGGUUGCUUUGAUGUGGGCAUCUAACUCUUAUAUCAGACCAAAGAUUACUCCUCAACAGCUUGCAGCAAUUUUUCCUUUGGCUGUGGCACACACGGUGGGGAACCUCUUGACCAACAUUAGUCUUGGGAAAGUUGCUAUUUCAUUCACUCACACAAUCAAAGCUAUGGAGCCCUUUUUCACUGUUGUACUCUCUGCCUUGAUUCUUGCUGAGAGGCCUACUCUUUGGGUAGUUUCUUCCCUUGUACCAAUUGUAGGUGGAGUGGCAUUGGCAUCUUUCACUGAGGUCUCUUUUAAUUGGACUGGCUUUUGUAGUGCAAUGGCUUCCAAUCUGACAAAUCAAUCCCGUAAUGUAUUCAGCAAAAAGUUAAUGGUUAAAAAGGAGGAAUCUUUGGACAAUAUCAAUCUCUUCUCAGUAUUAACCAUUAUUUCUUUUAUCCUGUUGGCUCCUGUGGCUAUUUUCUUGGAAGGUGCUAAGUUUACUCCUUCAUACCUGCAAUCUGCUGCAAAUCAAGGUUUGAAUGUUAGAGAACUAUGUGUGAGAUCGCUUUUGGCUGGGUUCUGCUUCCUUGGUUACCAGCAGGUCUCCUAUAUGAUAUUAGACAUGGUAUCACCGAUCACCCAUGCAGUGGGAAAUUGUGUGAAGCGUGUGGUGGUCAUAGUCUCCUCAAUUAUCUUCUUCCAAACCCCUGUCUCACCCGUAAACUCCCUUGGAACUGCCUUGGCUCUUGCUGGAGUCUUCUUGUAUUCAAGAGCAAAACGGAUAAAGCCAAAGCCAAAGGCUGCUUGAGUUUAUACAGAAGAUAGCAACUUUAACCAUUUAAAAGAAAAUUUCCACAUGUUAAUUGUGAAUAUUAUUUUUGUGCCAAUCAUAUUGCUUGCUUUCUAA